AUGUUCGAUAUUCUUGCUGCGGAAGUCAUCAAACAAUGUGAUCCUCAAAAUGGCCUCAGCGAGGAUAUCAUCUCUGACCCGCGGGGCUGCAACUUCAAUGCCAAGACCCUGGCCUGCAACAUGCCUAGCGCCGCUGAGGAAUGCAUCACUGCCGAUCAGCUUUCCACAUUGCACAAGCUUUAUAAUGACUGGACCGAUGUGAACCAGACAUUUGUCUAUGGCCACCUCACUAUCGAACAGCAGUACUGGUAUGUGCGGGACCUCAUGGGUCUUGAGGAUAGCUUUACCUGGCAAAACCUCGACUACAGCACUGUCCAGCUUGCCGAAAAGUUGAACCCAGGAAAUGCGACCGCCGACACGUUUGACAUCAGUGAUUUCCACAAGCGCGGUUUCAACAUCACGGCCUGUCAGAUGCCAUUGUCUUUCCACCCUGACAAUAUGACUCCUCCAAGCACUCUUGGAUACAGAGACUCGCGCCACGAUAUUGCUCUAGCGAUGAUGGCUUGGGCCGAGAACGGCACUGCGCCCAAUGAACACGCCGCCACAAAUUGGAAGAACAGUGCCAGCGUCCAAUUUGCCACUGCCUUUACCAGGCAAAGUAUAGUCGCAAGGGCGACCAGAACGACGCGAGGGAGUUAG